AUGUCUAUCAAAAUUUUGGUUGUUUCCUUCAUGUUAACCUCACUACUGUUCUUUCUUCUUUUCAUUCCCACAAGAUUAAUCAUACCCGAUUCCAGCCUCAAGCCUUCUAUGAACUACUUCAACACCACCAAGGCCAACAAGUCAUAUCCAGUCACCUUUGCCUACUUGAUCUCUGCUUCUAAAGGAGAUUCUGGGAAGCUCAAAAGGUUGGUGAGGGUUCUUUACCAUCCAGGAAACUACUAUUUGAUUCAUAUGGAUUCUGGGGCAUCAGAAGCUGAGCAUAGGGAUGUGGUCGAAUAUGUGGCUCAGGAUCCAGUUUUCGGUCAAUUGGGGAAUGUUUGGGUUGUGGGGAAGCGUAAUUUGGUCACUUAUAGAGGACCAACCAUGCUUUCUACCACUCUCCAUGCUAUGGCAAUGCUUCUCAGAGUUUGUCAAUGGGAUUGGUUUAUUAAUCUCAGUGCCUCUGAUUAUCCCUUGGUUACACAAGAUGAUAUGAUACAAGCCUUUUCUCAGGUUCCAAGGCAUAUCAAUUUCAUUCACCAUAGCAGUCAGUUGGGUUGGAAACUGAACAAGAGAGGGAAGCCAAUAAUUAUAGACCCAGGGUUGUACAGUCUCAAGAAAUCACAGAUUUGGCGGGUCACUAAGCAAAGAAGUCUUCCAACAUCUUUUAAACUUUAUACAGGUUUCUCUCCUUUUCAAUCCUUUAGAUUAUUGAGAACUUUGCUUGUUUUUAUGUGUAGCAUGUUUGCAUUCACUUCUUCCACUCCAUGCAUUUAUAAUUUACUUUCCUUGUGA